AGAAGAAGGGAGGAGGCGGAUUCUGCACGCUGCUGUGCCAAUGCGCAAACACAUCACGGCCGUGGGAUAGGUCUCCAAAAUUGAGGCUGUGCUUGAGACGAUCAUGCGAUUGAUGAUGAGCGGUCAUGCUUGUCUUUCUGUUCGGCGCGAUCGGUGACUCCGAGCUCCGCAAUCCCCUGGGACACUGUUCCGCCUCGAUAGCUCUGCGAUCGGCGUCUCGCCAUUGCUCACAACGAAUGGCUGCCUGUAGCAAGAGAGUGCGGGGGAGGGCUAUCGAAUCCUCCAUUAAACGCUUUGCAUCAGUUUCCCAGCUAGGGACCCUGUGGUGGUGUGCGUAGCGCACCAUGGCCCAGACCCUUCAGAUGGCGAUUCCUAACUUUGGCAACAACGUCCUGGAGUGUCUGAACGAGCAGCGUCUCCAGGGGCUCUACUGCGAUGUCUCCGUGGUCGUCAAGGGACACGCCUUCAAGGCUCACCGUGCCGUGCUUGCGGCUAGCAGCUCUUACUUCCGGGACCUGUUCAGCACUGGGGGAGGCAGCGGCUCCAAGACCCCCACAGUGGUGGAGCUCCCCCCGGCCGUCCAGCCCCAGAGCUUCCAGCAGAUCCUGGCCUUCUGCUACACAGGCCGSCUCAGCAUGACAGUGGGAGACCAGUUCCUCCUCAUGUACACCGCAGGCUUCCUGCAGAUCCAGCAGAUCAUGGAGAAGGGCACAGAGUUCUUCCUCAAGUUUGAGUCACGUUGGAUGGUGGACCAUUCUCGAUAG